UUGAUAAUUUUGAUAUAAAUCUUUAAAAACAUAAGUUACACGUAUUUAAAUCUUUGAAAUCUUUGCCGUUGUUUGAAUCUCAUGAUAUAAUAGGGAGUCAAUAAUUUGUGUGCUCUUUACAAUUAUUGAACUCUAAGAAAACUUUCUGCUUUGAAAGUAUUCUGGUGUUGCUUUGUUAGUGCUGAUCUCCCGGCAUUCAAUAUUCAAUAUUCUGAUUUUUCACUAUUCUCGUAAUUACGAUUUAUUUCUUGCAUAGCAUCUUACACAGAAUUUUGUUACUUAGAAAAUUCUACUAAGAAAGUUCCUCGAUUUUUUAUGGAUAUGGGCGAUUGCAACAGUAAAAAAAUGACAAAAUCAUCUCAAUUCAUAACGUCAUAUUGUUCCCACUUCAAUAACGCCAAGGACCUGAAAUCAAAAGAAAUUUCUUAUAAAAAUUCAAGUAGAACUUCCCCGACCACUAUUCAUAAAAUUGCAUCCCCAGUUUCUGUUAAUAUUAAGCAUGAUGGUAAUGGCGUGAAUGCACUUACUUUUUUCCGGAAUGGUGAAUAUGUGAAACAAAGGCCGAACAAGCUUGUUCGUGCUGAUUUAUUUAAGGAUCAAAAAGGGACAAGACUUAAUGGUUCUAUUGUCAUGGCAAAUGGUUCCAAUAGAGUUUUUAAGUCACAGAUUGUGAACAAACAAUGUACCUACUUUAACAAAUAUGGUCGUUGCAAGGAUGGUGAUUUGUGUUCAUAUAAGCAUAAUCCAAAUAAGGUCGAGAUUUGUAAAAAAUGGCUCAAAGGAGCAGAGUGCUCUGGCAAAAAAUGUUAUCGUCAACAUAUUUUAUCAGCCCAUAUAAUCCCACAUUGUAGUCAUUUCGCAAAGGGAAUGUGUCUUAAAGGUAGUGAAUGUCGUUAUACACACGUAAAGGUCAGCAAACGAGCUGAUUAUUGUAAAGAAUUUAUGGUAGACGGCUUCUGUGAUGCAGGUGAAAAUUGUCGGAAGAAACAUGAAUGGGCGAAUAUAUAGAAUCCGAAGCCUUAAUAGUUAUAUCACGUCCAAAAAAUUCAAAGAUAAACGAUGAACCAAAAGCAACAAACGAAUUCUAGAGAUUGGUUCCUUGAAGAAUGCUAACCGCUCCUUUUUUUAUUUUAUUUUUUGAUUUUUAUUUACCAUUUUUAUUGUACAUAAUUUUGUAAAUAAUGCAUGAUAAAAAUAUUAUAUUAAUUUGCGAAGAUAAAAAUAAAAAAUAAUAAAUUAAAGGAAGUAUUCCCGAAAGGAAUCAUGC